AGUGCAACUCGAACUUGGUCGGGGCGCGGAUCCCGAGAGUAAGUGUUGGCGGGCGCGAGGGAGAGCGCCCCGAGAGCUGGAAGGCCACGCCUCCUCCCGCCAACCCUCUCAGCCGUGCAGCUGGGGCCGGAGCUCAGAUUUGUUGUCUAGGAUUGAUUUGGAUGAACUCAUGAAGAAGGACGAGCCACCUCUUGAUUUUCCUACCACGCUGGAAGGAUUUGAAUAUGCUUUUAAUGAAAAGGGGCAGUUAAGACACAUAAAAACUGGGGAACCAUUUGUUUUUAACUACCGUGAAGACUUACACAGGUGGAACCAGAAAAGAUACGAAGCUCUGGGUGAGAUAAUCACAAAAUAUGUUUAUGAGCUCCUGGAAAAGGACUGCAAUUUGCAAAAAAUCUCUAUACCAGUAGAUGCCACUGAAAGUGAACCAAAGAGUUUUAUCUUUAUGAGUGAGGAUGCUUUGACAAAUCCACAGAAACUGAUGGUUUUAAUUCAUGGUAGUGGUGUUGUCAGGGCAGGUCAGUGGGCUAGAAGGCUAAUUAUUAAUGAAGAUCUGGACAGUGGCACACAGAUACCUUUUAUUAAGAGAGCUGUGGAUGAAGGGUAUGGAGUCAUAGUCCUGAACCCAAAUGAAAACUAUAUUGAAGUGGAAAAGCCAAAAGGGCACAAACAUUCAUCUUCUGAUGGCACAGAGGAGCCAGCAGAGAAGCGGGAAAGGAAAGAUAAAGUCUCUAAAGAAACAAAGAAGCGCCGUGAUUUCUAUGAGAAGUACCGUAACCCCCAAAAAGAAAAACAAAUGAUGCAGCUGUUCAUCAGGGAAAAUGGCUCUCCUGAAGAGCAUGCAGUCUACGUCUGGGACCAUUUCAUAGCCCAGUCUGCUGCUGAGAGUGUGUUUUUUGUUGCUCACAGCUAUGGGGGACUUGCUUUUGUUGAACUGAUGAUUCAACGAGAAGCAGACGUAAAAAGUAAGGUGACUGCUGUGGCAUUGACAGACUCUGUUCACAAUGUGUGGCAUCAAGAAGCUGGCAAAACCAUCCGAGAAUGGAUGAGAGAGAACUGCUGCAACUGGGUCUCCAGCUCAGAACCACUGGACACAUCAGUGGAGUCCAUGCUGCCUGACUGUCCCCGAGUCUCUGCAGGCACUGACCGCCACGAGCUAACUUCCUGGAAGAGCUUCCCGUCCAUCUUCAAGUUCUUCGCGGAAGCCUCGGAGGCCAGGAGCGGCUCCCAGAAGCCCGCCCUGACGCGGCGCUCGCACCGGAUCAAGCACGAGGAGCUGUGAGCUCGCCGCCGCCCGCCGCCCCGCAGCCUGGGGCCCCCUUGAGAUUGCUCUCUUCCUACAGCACAGGGUCGUCCUGUGUUCGUCUAAAUAGCGUUUUGAAUUAUUUCUAGAUGAGUGCAACUGUCAAAGCAAUAUGGACUCGGUGGCCGCAUUUUCUGCGGGCUGAGACGGGGCUUCGCGCCGGGGUUGGCGACCCUGCGCCCGAGCCCCACGGUCCUCCCCGCUUCCACCCGCCCGGCCGAGCCGCGGGCGCUGCUGCCCAAGCGGCGUCUGCGCGGUCCUACCGCCCGCUGCAGCGCGGCCACUGCUGCCCAGUCUCAACCCUGCCCAUUUUUACUCCCCCUUAACUUAGCAAGCUUUUACUCUAGACUUCAAACUUUAACUGUAACCAGGUUUUUCCCUCGGGUCAUCUUGUGAGCACUCUUUUAUAGAAGGCCACACUCCCGGGUCCCAGAAAUGCCAACUUUAAAUUGAGAACGUGUCCGCCGUGAUGUAUUAUGUAGUUUGGGGAGUACAAAUUGUUCUCUCCCUGUAACGACCUAUUCCCAUUUCAAGACCAAAAGAAAAACUUUGCAUAAAAUGUUCAUAAAGUACUGAAUCCGAAUUAUUUUUUCUGAACAUACCUGCCGAGUUGAAUAAGAGUUCAGGAAGAUGUUCAAAUAUUUUAGAUGUAGGUAAAAGGCCCCAUUUUCACUGAAAUUUCUAACUUUCUUGUAAGAACGGACCCUCCUGUUAACUAUGUAACAUAAGGAGUACAUUUAGAUGAUACACCGAAGGUUUGCUGUCUGUGUACUGCCACUGCGCAGCAUCAUCAGUGGUGGUUAGUAAUCCGUACUAACUGUACGUGCACCUGUCAUGUAGUAAACCCUUUCAGGUACAGGAUUUGUUUUUCUUUUUACUGUCGACAAAAAAUAAAAAAUAAAAGUUCAUGCCCUCGACCUUCUGAAAAGCUAAGUAAGGUUAAACUGCUUCAGUUUCCAUCAUUCUCUCUUUUAGGUCCAGAUAUUUAGUGUUCCACUUCCUCUGAUAGGGUUUUUCCCUAUCAGCGGUUAGGUUCUCUGACCUAAGGGGAUCUGGCCAACACUGACAUACAGAAGAUAAAAUAAGUCGACAUUUUACUGACUUUCAAAUUAAAACAGAACAUUAGUUACUUGAAGGAUUUAAUUAGUGAAGAUUAUAUCCAGUGGGUGAGACUGUGAAUUUAAUACUAACAGUUCUUUCUUAAGUAAAUUCAACAAGUAAUGCAUCUGCCUUCUUUGAGAACAUGUAAAAGAAUGUCUGAAAUGAUUCUGUGGCACUGGCUAAGGCCUCAGAAGGGUAAUCUGCACCCAACAAGCAUAUUAAGACAAAAUGGAGAAUUGUCUUAAUAUUAUGAACUAAUUUCAGCAGGUUUUAAAAUUGAUUAUAUCUCGUGUUCUUUGGCGUAUACAUGCAUUCAAUAGUUCUGUUUUCAGUGCCAGGGAAGUAAAGUGGCCAGUGGUCAUGUCUGGCCGUCUUCUGAUAUUACUUAAACGGAAGCAACUCAAGAUGAAUCAAAAUUGCAUUUUAUCCAGCUCCUGGGCAGUUUAAAAUGUGUUACUUUAACAAUGUUAAGCACAUUGCUCUGUCAUAGUGACCCUUACAUUUCUAAUUUUAGAAGGUCUGGUGAACUCUGUAAAAAUAAUAUCUUCCUAAUGACUGGGUUUGAAAAAUUGCUGUUGAUUGAUGUAUCUUACCAAAUGUUAUACAUUAUAUGAUGUUUUCAGUAUAUGAAAAUAUUCACAAGAAACUAACUUUGUGACAUUAAAACAAAAAGCCAACACUUAUACAGGAAUAAAUUUGCUAAGCUGAGUUAAAGCAAAGUAAAUGCACUCAGCUUAUGAACCAAAGGAUUCCUGGUCCUUCUCUCCAGAUUUCUCACUUACAUAGAGAAAGUCACUGUUUCCUUGGGAUGAGUACUUACAAUCACUGAAUUGUUACCUUGUUACUUGUCUGGUAGAGAACAAUUUACAAAGUUAUGUUUUGUAAAUGUCUAUUACUAUUUGUAGAUCUGCACUGUAGCAACCCAGAGGGAGCAAAGCAAAGCACUUCCUUAUAAAACAGGAUUUCCUAACCUGUGGAUUGGGAUGCUAUUGGUAUUUGCUAACAGCAAGCAGUUGGCAGUACCCCGCUGCCUGCAGAGUGGUGGCCAAUGGUAAUAUUUCUUCUCUGGUCUUCUCCCUGUUAUUUUCUUUAAAAGAGUCUACACAUGUAAUGGUUUAAAAGCUGGCCGUGCCCCCCCCCCAAUCAUAUGCUUAGUUCUUAGAAUAAAUAGGUUGAGAAAGACAUGAAUUGGAGAUUCAGAACAGUCCUGUUGAAGCUUCAGUGCCAGGCAAUCGCUUUGGAACUUUCUAAAGUGACCCAACAUGCAGUCCUUGAAAGUCACCCUGGGUAUCUGAAAGACCAUUUACUUGUGAUAAUUGUUCUUUUCUCAGAGUUCUGCCUUGUGCUUCCUGGAAUACAUUUUUGUUUCUAUAUCAAAAAUAAAUAAAUAAAGCACAAGAGUCUCCUAUCAUCUCUUUUCUGUUUAACAUUUUAAAAUAAAUAAGGUUGUCAACAAGCAGCUGUGUUUUAUUUCUCUUCAGCUCUUUUUUCAUCACCUGCACAGAGGCUUUCCAAGCUGAGACCUCAAAGUGACUGGACCAUAUACAUCAACAUUAUAGGCAUUAGAGCUACUUAUUAUUACUAUUGCUAUUGCUAUACAACAAUAUCCUAACAUUAGUUGACGAUCUACCUGGCUCACAUAUGUCAUAAAAAUAACAUUUUUAGCCAAGUGUUUUUAAUAUGUAGAUAAGGAAGUUAGAACAACUUGUCUUCAAAAUGCUUUAAAAAAUAACCAUUAAUAUACAGUAAAUAUGUUUCUUAAAGGGAGCCUAGUAAGAGUAAGUUGGCCAAACUGCUAAUGGUCAGACCUUGUUAAAGUGUGUCCAGUUCAAAACUGACCUGUUUCCAUUUGUUGCAGCCUUUCCUUCAGAUGCCUUCCAUUCCUUUGAAGGGGCUUUGGGUGACAGAGUGUGGCAACUAAAUUAGCACUGGUAAUUUAAAAUUAGAUUUUUUUCCUGUUUCUCUGGAUUGCACAGUUCUAAUUUAAACAUGUAUCUUACAUGUUGUAACCAUUGUUUAGAUUGUUAACUUAUAGGCUCCUGUAAGAAACUGUAUUCCAAAUUCAUUUAAGAAAAAUUACUAUUAAGUAGUUUUCACAGUAUAAAGUUACACACUGCCAAAUUUUUUGGAAAUUUUUCUCAUUCUUGUGGGGGACAGACUAAAAAAAUAAACGUGAAACAGUCAUAUAUUUGAAAUAUGAUUGCAAAGGGGGGAUAAUUGUGGUGACUACUUAUAUCCCCUUUGUCAUAAUACUAUAAAAGACUCAAAGACAUACCCCUUUCAAAAAAUGUAAUACUUUCCUUACUUCCCUGUAUAGAAUGACUGAGUAGGAGCCUCUUGAACUGUUCAUCUUCAUUUUAUCUAAUAUUGUCUUAAUCUCCAGGAAAAAAAAAACUGAUCAGGUUGAGUCUGGGAAAGGGUUUUUAAUCAACACUUUUCAGAGCUUAAAACUACCCCACCUAAAGCAUUAGCUUUGUGAGGUGGUUUGAGAUUUAAACCAUUGCAACUGCCAUACACUGUACUCAGAGGAUAUCCACCUACUGGAAGAUGUUGGAAGAGGGUAGCACAAAAUGCAUUAAGAGAGGUCCAAGAACAGAAACAGUUAUCAAAACAUUCCAGCAUUUCUCUGGAAAUCUGCUUUUUUAAAUGACAAUGAUAAUUUUUAAACCGUACCCUAGAUGGAAUGGAUGUUGAUUUAAUUGAUUCAUUUGGGUCAAUGUUUUUAAAGUUUCACACCGUUGCUUUCAUGAAGCAAUGUCUUUAGCAGUCAGUGGUUUGACAAAAGACUUCUCAGAUUUCAUCAGUGGGACCCUUCAUGACAUCUAAAACCGUGCAACCACCUCGCAAGGGUAACUUUGGGACUGGGAAAUCUCAAGACUCAUGUGACUGAUCGAAUGAAGAAUUAUUGGUAAUUCUCAGUAUUAAGGUUUGUAGGAACCAUAAUGGAAAAUGAAUCGCAAAACCUUAAGAGUUGCUGUUUAGAGAAAAUUGUCCUCAAGGUUUGAUCACUACCUGGACAUCAUAGAAUGGCCAGUAUUUUCUUGUAAAUGUAAAACUUAGAAGAUGAAAAUUUUACUUAAUCCUUCAUAUCUUUCCAAGCAACUUUUCCUGGCCCUUUGCCUUGAAGUUUGUAAAACCUUUCAUUAUACUCUUUGUAUUUUUGAAACCGAAUAUUGUCUAUGUCACUGUGAAGCGUGUUUCUAGGAAGAAAUGUAUGAAGGUCCCACACCUGCCUGUCCAGGUCACUCAGCUUUUUCUCCUGUGGCUGUUACACUGGGUGACAUACGAAACUCUCAUAGAUAAAAUGAUAUUGAACUUACUUUGUGCCCAAAACAAAGAAUCUGAAGUGAAAGACACCCAACACCCCAAGAACGAUAUGUCUCUUUAAAGUUUACGAUUUGAAUAAUGAACUCAGAUGGAAAGUUGGCAGGAAAGCAAACCACGGCACACACAUCACAAACCAUUUUCCCUUUUCUGUCCAAUUUCAGAGUGCAUGUGUUUGUGAGUAUUUCACUAGAUCAGUGACAGCUCUUUAUUUGCAUAAUUAUAUGCUCUGGUCUGAAGAGAAAACUAACCCCCAAAUUUCAUGGGUCACCAGACUGCAACAAUCAAUGUUUUAUCACGUAUGUGAAGCAAAAUCUAAGAAGCUAUAUGAAGUUUCUUGGGGAGUUUUUACUCCUCAGAAAAUUAAAGAGUUUUCCUCUCCUGAAUAGAUUCAAAAAUCUUUCCAAGUCCUUUGUAACAGAAUUCUGUUUGAAGGCAAAACCAGAGAUUACCAUGUAGAUGUGACUACUGUAGACUCACUAACAUCGCUUCAAAGUGGCUUAAGGAGAAGAUUUUUGCUGCGCUAACACUUAAAAUUCCUCAUCCUAUGAGGAAAAAUUAUUAGUCAAAUUAUGAUUUGCCAAAAUGAAGUCCAAAAUAAUUACCAUUGACUAUAGAGUUCAUUUCCUUUCUUAAAAUACCUGAUGGUUUUUUAAGAUCAAAUAGAAAACUUUAUGUAUAUAAGCAUCUAUAUGUCUCAUAUAGACUUAGCUUUAUAUAGGAUACUUAUGCCUUUCUGCUCAUUUCACAGACAACAUAUACAAUAUGUGUGUAUUUAGUCAGUGUCUAUAACAUAGGUGCUCUGUAUGUGCUGAUCUUCAUGAAAGUUUGAAUCUUUAUGAAAUAGAUUUUUCAUAUGGAAAACCCUCAAGGCAUUGCAAUAAAUAUUCUUAAAUGCUCCAAGCUUGUGCUGCCUCUGUAAAUAUCUGCUAGUAUGUAAUGUGUACUUGUGUGUAAGGUUGGCUUUAUUUCAUUAAAGAAAAUUGAUUUAAACUGCGAAUGUUUUUAGUUUUGUAGGCACUCUGCCAAUUUUGAAUACAAAAGAGCAUAGAGACACAUGCAAACCAUGAAUUGUUGUUGUUAUUGUUGUUUAUGGGGUCAUUAAAAUCCUGGAAAAUUC